AUGUCCCUCGCAGACACCACCUACAAGCUCAACACCGGCGCCGACAUCCCCGCGCUCGGUCUCGGAACAUGGCAAUCCGCCCCCGGCGAAGUCAGCGCAGCCGUCUACCACGCCCUCAAAUCCGGGUACCGCCACAUCGACGCCGCGCAAUGCUACGGCAACGAAGCCGAAGUGGGCGAGGGCAUCAACCGCGCACUAUCCGAGGGCCUCGUGCAGCGCUCGCAGAUCUUCGUGACCACAAAACUCUGGUGCACGUACCACAGCCGCAUCGAGACAGCGCUGAACCUGUCGCUCCAAAAACUCGGCCUCGACUACGUGGACCUGUAUCUGGUGCACUGGCCGCUGGCCAUGAACCCCGACGGCAACCACGAGCUCUUCCCCAAGCUGCCGGAUGGGAGCCGCGAUCUGGUGCGCAGCCACAGCCACGUUACGACGUGGAAGGGCAUGGAGGAGCUCAUUGCAAAGAAUCCCGAGAAGGUCAAGGCCAUCGGGGUGUCGAACUACUCGAAGCGGUAUCUGGAGGAGCUGCUGCCGCAGGUGAAGAUUGUUCCGGCCGUUAACCAGAUCGAGAACCACCCUGCGCUGCCGCAGCAGGAGAUUGUGGAUCUGUGUAAGGAGAGGGGUAUCCUGGUUACGGCGUAUAGUCCGCUGGGCAGCACGGGGAGUCCGCUGUUUAAGGAGGAGGCUAUCGUCAGUGUUGCGGAGAGGAGGGGCGUUACGCCUGCGACGGUUUUGUUGAGCUGGCACUUGGCCCGUGGUUCCUCCGUCCUCGCCAAGUCCGUGACGCCCUCGCGCAUCGAAGAGAACAGGAAGCUGGUGAAACUGGAGCCCGAGGACGUUGAGCUGAUUGGCAAGUACUCAGCUGAGUUGGCCGCGAAGAAUGCGUUCCAGCGCUACGUCUACCCGCCGUUUGGAGUGGAUUUUGGGUUCCCCGACAAGUCGUGA